AUGAAUCACAUGUAUACCAGGAAGAACUUCUUUAGGACCCUUAACGGGGCUAACACUACCACGGACACACGGGACCUUAACGGGGCUAACACUACCACGGACACACGGGACCUUAACGGGGCUAACACUACCACGGACACACGGGACCUUAACGGGGCUAACACUACCACGGACACACGGGACCUUAACGGAGCUAACACUACCACGGACACACGGGACCUUAACGGGGCCAACACUACCAAGGACACACGGGACCUUAACGGGGCUCACACUACCACGGACACACGGGACCUUAACGGAGCUAACACUACCACGGACACACGGGACCUUAACGGGGCCAACACUACCAAGGACACACGGGACCUUAACGGGGCUCACACUACCACGGACACACGGGACCUUAACGGGGCUAACACUACCACGGACACACGGGACCUUAACGGGGCUAACACUACCACGGACACACGGGACCUUAACGGGGCUAACACUACCACGGACACACGGGACCUUAACGGGGCUAACACUACCACGGACACACGGGACCUUAACGGAGCUAACACUACCACGGACACACGGGACCUUAACGGGGCCAACACUACCAAGGACACACGGGACCUUAACGGGGCUCACACUACCACGGACACACGGGACCUUAACGGGGCUAACACUACCAAGGACACACGGGACCUUAACGGGGCUCACACUACCACGGACACACGGGACCUUAACGGGGCCAACACUACCACGGACACACGGGACCUUAACGGGGCCAUCACUACCACGGACACACGGGACCUUAACGGGGCUCACACUACCACGGACACACGGGACCUUAACGGGGCCAACACUACCACGGACACACGGGACCUUAACGGGGCUCACACUACCACGGACACACGGGUCCUUAACGGGGCCAACACUACCACGGACACACGGGACCUUAACGGGGCCAACACUACCACGGACACACGGGACCUUAACGGGGCCAACACUACCACGGACACACGGGACCUUAACGGGGCUAACACUACCACGGACACACGGGACCUUAACGGGGCUAACACUACCACGGACACACGGGACCUUAACGGGGCCAACACUACCACGGACACACGGGACCUUAACGGGGCUAACACUACCACGGACACACGGGACCUUAACGGGGCUAACACUUCCACGGACACACGGGACCUUAACGGGGCUAACACUACCACGGACACACGGGACCUUAACGGGGCUAACACUACCACGGACACACGGGACCUUAACGGGGCCAACACUACCACGGACACACGGGACCUUAACGGGGCCAACACUACCACGGACACACGGGACCUUAACGGGGCUAACACUACCACGGACACACGGGACCUUAACGGGGCCAUCACUACCACGGACACACGGGACCUUAACGGGGCCAUCACUACCACGGACACACGGGACCUUAACGGGGCUAACACUACCACGGACACACGGGACCUUAACGGGGCCAUCACUACCACGGACACACGGGACCUUAACGGGGCCAUCACUACCACGGACACACGGGUCCUUGAUCUGUUUCCUGCUUAUCCCUGUGUCUCACCCA